UUCUUGUAUUUCGAUCGCCACACCCCACCCUCCCUUCUCUCUCUCUCUCUUCACUAAAGGAUGUCUGUGUUUUGACGAGUAGCAAAAAAAGGUCCUCCUUUUAUUCCCGUUUAGCUUAUAGCAGCGUACAAGUACUUUUUUUUAGCUAAGCAUCAGCGUAUAAUAAGUAUUCUAUAUAUAUAUAUAUGUGUAUAUGUAUUGAUGCUUGAGCUUGCACCUGUAUAUCUCUAAUCACUUCUAUAAAUAUUCUGUGUGUCCUCUUAUUGCUUUGCUGCUUCUUAUUGGAGGGGUUUCUUUUUACUACAUCAAGUUCAAGAAUAAUAAGCACCCCACCUCUAUGAGCAAUUUGUGACUUUGUCGCCGUCUCUCUUGUUUUUCUUCUCUGAAUUCUAUCUCCUCCUCCUCCUCCUCCUCCUUGUUGCUGUUAUCAGGUUGAGGAUUGGAUUUGUUUUUGCCACUUUAUCUCCGAGUAAAAUGCCCCAGAAUAAUAAGAUUUGGAAAGACCCUUCAUCAUCGAAUCCGAUGCCUGAUCUUUCUCUUCACAUAAGCCUUCCCAACAGUGCUCCGUCUUCAAUUUGCACUGCAAAUAACAACGAAGAAGCAGAUUCGUCGUUUGAUAUUUGGAGAAGCAGCACAGAAGAAGUAGUCGAUGGCGUCAAAUCCCACAGUGAGAGUUCAAUCAGAGGCAGCCCUCAGGCUCACACUAGUCACCGCCAUCAUCCCUCUCUCUUCAAUCAUCUUCCUGCAAGUAUUGGUUCUGAGGCCGAGAGCCCCUGGAGGACGACGAGAUUAAGCGACGUCGUUCGAGGCAGAGAAGAAGAUGGUGGGUUCUGGGUUUCACAGCAGGGACUCAAUUCAAGACCCAUCCGAGGAAUCCCACUUCAGGAUUCCAAUAAUAUUUCUAUGUACCCACUUCAUCAGCAAUUUCCGUAUCAGAAUAAUUACUCAUCAGCAGCUUCUUCUUAUCAUCUUAGUUAUAAUAGCAACAUGUUGCCGGAGAACCCCAUCUCGAGGUUCAAUGGGAUAAGCAUGGAGAGUCUGAUAAGACCCUAUCAACCCCAUCAUCAUCAUCAGUAUCACCUCUUGAACCAUCAUCAUCAGUUUGGUUCAUCAAACUCUGAUUUCUCAAACGGAUUUGGGAGGUCCAAGAUGUUGCCUAACAGGCUUCACAGUAAUAAGAGGAACAUGAGGGCUCCCAGAAUGCGUUGGACCAGCUCUCUCCAUGCUCGUUUUGUUCACGCCGUUGAGCUCCUUGGUGGCCAUGAAAGAGCUACCCCUAAGUCAGUUUUGGAGCUCAUGGAUGUGAAAGAUCUAACACUUGCUCAUGUGAAGAGCCAUUUGCAGAUGUAUCGAACUGUUAAGAAUACUGACAAACCUGCAGCUUCCUCAGAUGGAGAUGAAGAUUUCAUGAGCCUAACGCCUCCACCACUAAAUGAAAAUGAGAGCUAUUUUUCACCCAACAAGAGAGGCCCUACAAAUGCAUCAUCUUCAGAUCAGGAUAUGGCCUACAAUAGCAGCAAUCUGUGGGGUAAUUCUUCUAGCAGACGAGCAUGGAUGGAAGCUAGUUCCACAGAUUUAGAUGGAAUCAGACCACCAGAUAUUUUAUCAUCUUCUCAGCAAAGAACUGAGAAAUCCGAGGGAAAUAAUAAUUUGUUACAGUCAAGAAGCUUAAAGGAGUAUGAGAAUUUAAGCUUGGAGUUCACUCUAGGGAGAUCAACGUGGGAAAGCAACGAACAUGCCUAGUUAAAGUUUGGCACGUCGUGAUUCUUGAAAUAGAUCUUCAAAAGACGGAGAAGACCAAGUAGAGAUCUAAUGCACAGAUAAUAUAUAUAUAUAUAUAUAUAGCUAGGGUACUGCUCUAUAUUGUUAAGGUCACUUUCUACUAAGCUUAAAAAAGCAUCUUUGUAUAUUCUUUUAUUGAGCCAAAGCUAGGUUAUUCACUUGGUUUCUAACUUUUAAGGUGAUGUUAGUCAUUACAAAAACUAUCAUGAUUAUAAAGAAAAAGAUCAAGAUCAGAGAGAAAAAGAAGGAGAAUCAGAUCAAUGAUGUAUUUUAUUUUCUUACCACUUUCUUUCUUUUUCAUGUCUUUUCUCUCCUUUUUCUUAGGUUCCUACCGAUUCCUGUAGCAAUAAACAAUUUUACAUAUAUAUAUAUAUAUAUCUUGAGUGAUCA